AUGGCCCAGGGGGAGGAGACCAAGGUGGAGGGAACGAGAGAGGAAGAGAGAGCGGAUGCAGGGGCGGGAGCGGAGGAGGAGGAGGUAGAGGUGAAGUUCCGGCUCUUCGACGGCUCUGACAUCGGCCCCAUCCGCUGCAACGCCGCUGCUACCACCGUCGCCGCACUCAAGGACCGCGUCGUUGCCGAUUGGCCCAAAGAUAAAACAAUUGUCCCAAAGAGUGCUAAUGAUGUGAAACUGAUAAGUGGAGGCAAAAUUCUAGAAAAUGACAAGAAUAUUGCACAGUGCAGAGCACCUUUUGGUGAUCUUCCCAGCACUGUUAUAACAAUGCAUGUCGUUGUCCAGCCAUCAUCCGCAAAGUCAAAACCAGAUCACAGAUUUGGUUUCUGUCUAAUCCCCUCUAAUAACCACUUGACCAGUACAGCAGAAAUUAGCGGAAAUUACAUUGAAAUAUACACACACAUUGCUGGUGCUGUUGUGGAGGGGAAGGGCCUGCUGUUCGUCGCCGUGCCAAGUUGGGUUAAAAAGGGUCAAGGUUGUUGGAGAAAAGAAGGGCAACAGAAGCUGCGCGACGUGGCGGUGUUGUUGGUUGAUGUUGCAAAUGGCUUCUUCAACAAGAGCAGAGGAUGGGCGCCAAUGACAAGACUUCUGGGAGUGGGUUGA